UGCCUCCGGCGCCCGCCCCGCCUCCGUUCCCCGUGGGCCCUCACGCGCGGCGCGCGGCUGGCUCCCCCCGCCGCCACGCCCCUCCCGCUUGUUUGCGGGCGCGCGCACCUCCUCGCGCGGGGGAGCCCCGGGACGGUCCGCGCUGGCGGAGAUUGGCGGACGCGGUGGCUGCGUGUUGGGCCUGAGAAACUGGGCGAGCGGGCAGAGUAGACUCCGGGGCGGUGCAGGGCGCCUCUCAGUUUGCUAACCCCUGCUAUGUGGAAAAAUGACUUCAAAAAUGACUGUUCAAUCUUUCCAUUGGUGGUGAAAUCAUUAACUGAGCUAAUCCAAAAGUAAAUGAGGAACUUAGAAAAAAGAUUGCCAACUCCAGAUCAACAUAUUUAGAGAAAAUUGGAAAAGAAGAAGCUUACUACAGCUUUAUUUGAGGACUUUUUAAAGAAUGCAGAGUUCUAGCUGUGAGCCUCAACUCUUGGAGCAAAAACCAGAGACAUUGCCAGAGCAAACAAGAACAGAAGUACAAAUGGAGGACUGGUCAAAAGAUGUAGCCCAUAGUUGUCUUGAACAGGAAACUGCAGAGAGAAAUGAAACUACACAGCCAGCUGAGCAACUGACUGUGAAUUCUAAGGGAAGCAUGGAUCAGAAAUCCAAUGAAUUAGUUAAUGAAGCCAUAUAUGAAGGCAUGGAACCGCCAGGGCAGAGAUCAAGGAAUUCUCCUUAUCCGGGUGAUGAGACAUCUUUCUGCACUACUGAAAAAUCCAACAUUAUGGAACAUACAAAUAAUGAUUUGCAUUAUGAAUCUAUGACUCCAUGUCGAGUUACUUCAGACUUCACUAACGAGAAGACUAUAGCAUUUCUUCUAACAGAGUUGGACCAUCUCAGAGCAAGCAAUAAAAAGCUUCAAGAAAAACUGAUUAAAGAAGAUAAAGAACAGAGAAAACUAAAGCUUAAGCUGGAACUCCAAGAGAAAGCAGCAGAAGCUCAAAUUGCUGAAAAGACCGCAGCUCUUGUUGAAGAAGUGUAUUUUGCACAGAGGGAACGUGACGAAGCUAUUAUGUCUCGACUGCAGUUAGCUAAUGAGGAGAGAGAUGAAGCAAUCGCACGAGCCAAGCAUAUGGAAAUGUCUCUCAAAGUGCUAGAAAAUAUUAACCCUGAAGAAAAUGACAUGACAUUACAGGAAUUACUGAACAGAAUAAACAAUGCAGACAUGGGCAUAGCUAUUCAGAAGAAUGGAGCUAUAAUUGUGGAGAGAAUCUACAAGACCAAGGCAUGUAAAAAGAGAAUAACUGCAGAAGAAAUGAACGCAGUGAUAGAAGAGCGGGAUUCUGCUUUGUCUCAGUGCAAGCGGCUGGAGCAGGAGCUUCGUCAUUUGAAAGAGCAGAACCAGACUUCAGCAAACAACACGAGACAUCUGACUGCUGAAAACAAUCAAGAACGUGCUCUGAAGGCAAAGUUGUUAGCUAUGCAACAAGCCAGAGAAACUGCAGUUCAACAAUACAAAAAACUGGAAGAAGAAAUCCAGACACUUCGAGUUUACUACAGUUUACACAAAUCUUUAUCCCAAGAAGAAAACCUGAAGGAUCAGUUUAACCAUACCCUCAGUACCUAUGAAGAAGCUUUAAAGAGCAGAGAGAACAUUGUUUCCAUCACUCAACAACAAAAUGAAGAGCUGGCCGCCCAACUGCAGCAGGCCCUGACGGAGCGGGCAAACAUGGAAUUAGAGCUGCAGCGCGCCGUCGAGGCCUCCCAGGCGGCCAGGGACAAAGUGCAGAAGUUGGAAAGGCUGGUGGACGUCCUGAGGAAGAAGGUGGGAACAGGCACCAUGAGGACAGUGAUCUGACUGAAAAAACGACCGUCUGGGAAGCAGUCACAUCUGGUGACCAGGCUGCUUCAUUCAACACUGUGUAAACACUAAAGCCUUAACUUAGCAAACAGUUGUUAGAAGUGGGACACUCCAGCCACAUUCCAAGCCGAGAUAAAAUCAAAUCACAAAUGUUUAACCACUUUGCUGCUGACUUGAGUUAUUUAUCCAAAUGUAUUAACUAUAGACUUUUACCAACGGGUAGCUAUAAAGUUGUAGUUUAUUUCGUAACUAUUUUCCAUCUCACUGUAUUUAAUAUAACUCUUUUUACUGAGAGACUAUUAUAGAAAUAGUCUGAAGUUGGUCAGGAUCGUCUCUUCACAUAUGGCUCUUUUGGAAUCAAAAUGCAGCAAAGUAAAUAUUGUCUAAACCUUAAUCCACUGUGUUAGGUCAAAACUUCAAAUCUAUGCAUUUUUCAAUAUAGAAUUUAUUUCUUACCUGAUGAGAGAAGCUCAGACAUGAGUGUAUAGCCUUCCUUCAAUGCAUGCAUGUAAUCUUUGUUAGUGUCCAAGAAUAUUAAGUAUGGAUACCAAGAAGUAAAUGUAUAAUUUGUUUUAGUAAGAGUUUAAUACAUUAAAAUUACAUGAAUCAAGGCACCAUUUUUGUUUCAUUACAAAAAAUGCAAACUGUUUUCAAUAAACAGAAGAUAUUGUUCAUGU